AUGUCUACGCCUGUAAUUGUCGGCUUUGCUGUUGCUGGUGCUGCCACAGCCGCUCGUCUCGGUAUGCGGGCUUUUCAAGAAUACCAAAAGAUGCCAAAGGCACCAAAGGUCCCACGCAUGUCGAAAUUCCACAAGGGUGGCUUCGAUGCCAAGAUGAAUAAGCGUGAGGCAGCCCUUAUCCUUGGUUUGAGAGAAUCCCAAGCAACAAAGAACAAGGUCAAGGAAGCACAUCGAAAAAUCAUGUUGUUGAACCAUCCUGAUCGUGGAGGAUCUCCCUAUUUGGCCACCAAGAUCAAUGAAGCCAAGGACUUUUUAGAAGGCAAAGCAAGAAAGUAG